AUGGGUCGGUGAAAUGUGCUUUGAAGCGCUAUCAUUUUACGAAUAACUUAAUAAACAUUAUUUCUCAAGUUGAAUACUCAUAAUGUUUGUAAAAUUAUUGUCUUGCAUUUUUAGAUGCCUCGUUUGCGUUUGGAUGUCAGCAACGUUUCACAAAAAGUACUACUGGUACGGUUGUCAAUAUACAACAGUCAGCAUUUAAAGGUAAGAUGAAGACUAAAACAGUAUUCAACUCUUCGACAAUGUUUUUACAAACUCGUUCACUUCCCAGGUCGAUUAAGGUCAGGCUUAUCUAUAUGUUUAUAUGUGCAAUGCUGGUGUACUUGUACUAGGUAUAUUUGCCCCUAAAAGUCGUUUUCCACUUAAACCGUAUCGUACUGAAAAGUAGCGUAUUUCUCAGUGUUUCCUGAGCGGUAGUGUGGAGGUAUUUGCUUGUAGGCAAAACUACACUGGACUAGAUUUCAAGUACGCGCAAUUUGGUCAAGACUCAGAGGUAGGGACAGUCACAUUAUGCCGGCAUUUCUUUUAGCAUAAUAGGGAACCCUUUUGAGAUCGACCACAAUAGGCAAAGAGCGAGCAUGAUAGGCAAAAGUUUCGGUAUGACGACAUUUUGCCAACGUAAUUACGUAAUACACAUAUGUGACAACCAUCUGCGGGCCAGAGGACCUUGUUGAGGCCUCAUGCACUCAUGUUGCAAUAUAACAAACGUUAAUUAUAACAAACGUUAAAUUAAAUAAAGUUCUUGUUUUUUUGUGCUCUUGAUUGAAUAUGAUAUAGCAUAAUUAUGGGCGUAAUAGGGAAAAACUUUGGGCAUAAUAGGGAAAUGUCAGGAGCAUUUGAGAAUAGCAUAAUAGGCAUUUUUUAGCACAAUGUGCCUGUCCCUACAGUCAGAGGCGAAGCCAAAGGACUGGAUCAAAAUGCGAGGACUUGAAAUCUAGUCCAGUCCUCAUAGUCGGAUUUGAAAUGGCAUCUCAUAUAAAAUAUAAAUAAAUCACUACUCAAAGUGAGGUGAAUUAAUUUCGAUCCAGUCCUAGAACUGGAUCAAUAUACUUCACUAGGUAUCCAGUAUUAUCUACCCUGGAUUCCAGAGCCUUCGCGACAUUUCAAUUUAUUAUUUACUGUCGAAGGCUCUGGAAUCCAGGGUAAGUAUUAUCAUGUGAGCAAAAUAAAGCACUAUGGUUGGCUAAUGUAGAAUUAGCUAAUGAAGAAUUAUUAAUGAGUUUGAGAUAAUGUAUUCAAACUUCAAACUUAAGUUGGAAGCACUUUUCUCACAUGUCACUAUGAAUUUUCCCGCAGCUAGAGGACUGAGUAGUAUAGACCAAAAAGUGGUCAGUGUUCGCGUAACAUUCAUGUUGUUUCGAUCACGCACGAAUAUCUAUAGUGCGUCUUUGAUCCUCAGCUGCACUGAUUUGAAGACUAUGCUGGAGUGUUUUCAGUGAAAUGAGGCAAUGUUGAAGCAAGAAUACUAGAAGACCUAUAACGACAAGAUAUUUUUAAAUCUUGAUGUUUGUGAUGUUACUCUGAGUGUGCAUCCACACCGGAGUAACAUCACAAACAUCAUAUUCACCUGAGUACAUAACACCAUUAACACACACAAAUAUUUUUAAAUCUGUCAAAUUAUUCACAUAUCAAACUGUUAGAUUUUUAAGUUAGCUUAACCAUCAAGCGAAUGUCCUUGCCCAUGAACUUGAAAGAUAUAGCUUUCUGCACUUCAUGUGACGAGUUUUAGAACGUUUUAUACGCUAGAUAUUGAGACUCGAGGCUCGGCAGCAAUAGUUUAAGACGAAAGGGAGGCCGUUGAUGAGCAAUUUUUAUCUAGACAAUACGAGACCUUUCCCAACGAAAAACUGAUAGAAUCGCUUUUACCAUGUCAGCAACACCACACUAGAUUUGUGGUGGUUACAUCAACAUGGCCGCCAUUAGCUUCAUAUAUGCAUAGCCGAUCACUCUCCAGUGCUAGUCUUGCAUAGGAUCAGUGAUCUUCACCCCAAUCACAACCCUAACUGAUCUAACUCUGUGCGUGCGAAACAUGCGGACAGUAUACCGGAAAUGAGUAAUGUUCAAAAAUGUUUUGCAAAAAAUAGGUACGUAUCGCGUAAAUGUCGGUACACACGCACAGGCUACAUAAUCAGUGCAGCCAGUUUAGAUAUUAUCAAGUCUGUUUUUGAAAACUUCUGAAACCGUGUUCCCGAAAAGUAAACAUUGGUUUUGAUUUCCGGCAUUUAAUGCAUUCGGCACAAACGCUUUCCAAAACCAUAUAGUAAACUGCUGUCAGUAAACUCGCCCAAUCCUGAAAAAUCGUUGAUAGAAAUUACCAAAUUCUCUCAUAGUAUACAUGGGCAACACUUUUUUAUGGCUUCCAUUGAGCUUCAGUGAGAAAUACAAAAGUGUUUAACAGAUGGAUACGGAAUGGUGGGUGGAAAUUGUUUAGCUUUUUUAAACAAAGGCGGAACGGUUUUUAAGUCAGGAAAUUUUUGGCACAUGCAUAUUUAUGUUUAUAAAGUCUUUCAAUAGGGGAAGGUCGCCUCAAGAGAUAACGCCGCAAUUAAGUAUCUAGAUUGAAGAGGCUUGUCAUAGUUUAGGAAUAUAGAUUAACUCAAUGGCUUCAAGACAGGUUAGAAUAAUAAGCGGUCUAUAUGUUUACACGCUACGAUUUUUCGGGCAGAUUUUAGGUUUUGCUGAAUGUCAAUAAUGAGGAAAAUUAUUAGUUGAUGAUGUCGUCAGAUAACGUAUUUUUCAGACAUAAUUAAAGUGCAUCUGAAAUCGGGCCGACGCAGCGUCGUACCUUGCGAACGUCGGUGGCGCUGUGGUUAGUACAUGAACUUUCACCUCUGCAGUGACUGCGGUUCCAUUUCUGAAAUAUGCACUUGUCUGAUUAGAAUUUCGCCUCCUGACUCGCUUGUGACUGCAUGUUUGACUCUACCAAACACCACAGGUUUUUUUAGGUUUACUACCGUUGUAACACUGAACCAUGCAAGUAUAGUGUUAAUUUACUUCACCUCUAUAGUAUAGGCAAACAAGUUUAGAACUGAUACAGCUAUCCAGUUUAUAUAAAUCCUCUCUCAGAAUAACAUCGUGUCCAAUUUUAAGACUACAUUAAACUUCUUUUCAUCCGGUUGUGGGACUGGCUAAAAAAUGUACCUGAGCUGAAUUUGAACUUUAAAAAUCUCAAUCUUCCGAUUACUUAGAAUGGACUCGAUCAAUUAUUUUCUCAGUUUUGAAUUGUACAUGUAUAUAUUACUUGGCAGAAACCAAUAUAAUGUCUUACCAAUAUAAUGAUUAGCAUAAUUCGCGCGGUAUAGGAAUCGGGUCUCUCUCUCUAUAUAUAUAUAUAGAUCUAUAUAUAUAGUACUUAAACUUUAAUGUUUCUGUAAAAUUCUAUUUUCCUUUAAAACAACAUUAAAAACAUAAGAAGAUAUAUAGUCCCCUAUGACAGUUAUCCAAUUAAUUUCGUCUUGCAUAAACAGGCUCAAUUAAGAACACCCAGAUAGAAAGUGGACAUAUAUUAUAUAGUUAACAUCUAUACUGUUCAACAAGACCCCUUGUGCGUUAAGCCAGGCUUAAUUUCUAUUUACAGUUUAGCAGUUCAUUAUAAUAUCGAAACAAGGAGAUUAAUUACGCACUAAACCUGAUACUGUAUACUGUCCUUAAAAUAAGCCUCGUUUUUAGUAGCCAAAAUUAGAAGGUGAAUUUUUUAUGCAUGCUUGAACUAAUAUUAGAGUUGUUGAAAAGAUUUGUCACAUUUUAAAGUGCUUUUCAUAUCAACUGCUGGAGACACUCUUAGCUUUCAAUAAGUAAUAAAUCACUUCAAACGAGUAACGGUCUUCCUCCGUUUUCCAUCUUGUGAAAUAUUCUUUUAAACUUGCAGUACAUUAUACUUGAUCCCAAUACUUCUCUGUACGCAAAACUAAUUCCUUUGUAUCAAUUACCUCUUCGAUCUGCUUUUCAAAACUGAAUCGAUCGAAACUUCAAUGUGACAAAAGUAACAAUUUGCUUAUAAACUUGUGAAUACUGUUUAUCACCUUUUAGAUUACACGAAUCUCAAUAGCUUUCAUUAAGCAAUAAAUCAUUUUGAUUUAUAACUUUGCACUCAUUGGUUUCCGUUUUGUAUUUAACCUCGAUCAUAAUAAUGCCCAUACAACUAAACGACCUUAUUCUUAUAUUAAAUAUUGCUGAUUUCUACUGUUGAAUUUUCUCUCUGAAAUGAACACAAUUAGGCACAUUCAUUCAUAAAGUUACGGUGGAAAGUCUGCAAGAUUUACUUGAUAAGCCUAAAUACAUUCCAAUGUAAACGAUUCCAUUUAUUUCGAGUUGAAUAAUGGCAAUAUUAAAACCGGAAUCUUUGGAAUCUCCGCUUUUUGAUACCGAAUCCGUUUCUCAUUCACUGUUCAGAUUUGCCUCGGGGAUCCAGCGAAUAAUUGAAUGUUAAAUGCGUGAAUUUAAAGUGUGAAGUAACGAAUAUUUUAUGUAAUAUUUCAAACCAGAAAGGCGUGGAUUAAAAGAGGGGUUCAUUGGUUCAACUACCCGAAAAAUACAAGUCAAACUUCGACUGUUUCAAGCGAAGGCCCAAAACGUCUGGAACUAGUCACUAGCUUUCUGGUGUCAUAGACAGUUGUAGUUAAGAUUUCAAAGCACUUUUCUACCAAAUAGGCAAAUUCUGAGUAUAGCAAGUGUUUUCCUUGAUCAGGUUUGGAAAGGAGACUGAAGCUUUCCUUAAAUAGUUGCGUUGUAAGGCCGUAAUAAAUAAUCUAGUAGCCUAAACAGCGAUAAUUUUUUCUUGCUUCAAACUACCUACUUUUGAAACAUAUGUGGUGUUGGCUGAGUCAAAAAACUAUUUCGUUUAUAAAAUUAUUCGAUAGUUUUUUACAUUCAGUUAUUUCAGACGCGUUCUAUUUUGAAAGGCAUUGUAGGAAUAAAUUCCUGAUUAGGUUAACCACGUGUGAACACUUGCCAAAUAUCUGUUUAAUGUAAAUAUUUCUGUUUGAUCUGAGCACCUUGAGGUGCGCAAUUCAAAUACACCGAAGCGUGACAUGCCAUUGACGAGCUCUCGCUGUGCAAUACUUGAUCUCCCGUCACGGCAAUUGAAAUUAUAUACGGCCGCUUGCUUUAAAGAUUAUCUAGCUUAUAGAGCUUUUCAAGAAAAGAAUAAGUCCUUGAACAGCUUCUUGAUGCUCCCUCAUUAAGUUGGGCGCUGUAGGUCCGAACCCGCGAUUGCCUUAUUGUUUCCGCUGGUUGUUUGGCAGCUAAUUAGCAUUUUAUGCUCGUGUUUAAUUGGCGACGAUGUACGCGAUAAGUGGGGCCCCGAAGCACAUUUAAAACGCCUGUUUCCGAACGUAAUCAAUCAUUGUUGACUCUGCUCGCGAACGCUGGAAGUUGCAGAAAUUAGCCCUCCAAAGAAACAUCAUUACAUUAAGGUUUGUGAUGAUAUUCUCAAGUCAGCGUUCAUAUUAACAUACCAUGCGUUAAUCCGAGUGCGUGCACUUGUGUUUAUUACUUUGAAGUGUUGUGUCGUGAGUACACGCGCUUGACAGCAACACUGUCAAUUUGAACUUUCAUUAUGAAUUUCCAAUUAAUAGUUGUUUCAAUUGAACAGGUUCACAAGAGGACCCGAAGUCUCAAAGAGAAAUUACGAUGGCUUUGAAAACAUUGGUUGUUGCUGCUGUUAUUUUGGUGCAUUUCAUGGGUACAGUACACUCGAAAAGACGAAGAGGCAGAAAUAAUUCACCGGUAAGCCAUCAUUGUUAUACUGUGUUAAUAUGCUGAUUUUUUGUGAAUAAUUAGAGCAUUAGUUCACCGCAAACAGGAUUGAACUGAGUGACCCAACAGUUUUUCGCCUCUGCCCGCAAUCACGCAGUUUUUGUUGGUGUGUUGCGGACAUAUAGUAUGUGAUCCGUUGCAGUUUUAAUGCAGAUGAAACUAUAUAUAGUUAUGUCAGAUGUGGGUUUCGUUUUAUAUACCGCAAACAUAUGUACAUAAGAUUACAAAUAGUCGAACUCUUUUGUUUGUGCCUCGUAAUUUAACUGUAAUCUUUUCUCAAUUAAAAAUUCUUCCUGCUGGGCUAUCGAUGUUCAUUUGCGUAAAACGUCUGUGAUAUACAAUGUUUAAUAGAGAAUGAAAACCUGUUUGCAAAUUACCGAAUAUACCUCCCUGUAUGAGCCAGUCGUAAAUAAUACAAUUAUCAAAGCAUGCACAGUUGAAAGAAACGUUGAAUAAAUAUGCCGAUAACGUUGUUGGCUCCACUGAUUAAAUGAGACCUUUGUUGGUUAUCUUAUACGAUCGUAUAUAUUGCACUGUUGGACGUUUUGCUAAUGAUAACCAAAUAGUAUUUAAUACAUCCAACAGUGUGUUAUGAAUUAAUACAUAACUGACUGUAGGAGUUUUUUGCCGUGAUUUCGGUAGCCUUCAGUCUAAGCCUUGCUAAGUCUAAGGCAUAAAGUUUCUACUCGCGCCCGCUAUAUGUACGUAGUUAGAGGACAAUAAUUUAUCAGCAAUCUUUUUAUGUUGAAAUUGGAAUUAUUAAUGCGAUCCUUAAAUGGGAUCACCAUGUCAUGUUCAUACACAUAAUUAUGCGGACUCUGACGAACCAACUCCAAUUAAGGUUGCUUUUCUCUCACCAUCGCUCCAAAAUUAGUCCGUGUUUGCGCGCAGAACGUGCGUUCAAUGCAGGCUAUCUACGCAGACUAUGCCUUAUAGGAAUGUUAGGAAAAAUCCUGCGGCCAUACGUGAUAUAUGUUGAUUUUGUGAGCUGUGGAGCGACAUACAGUAUUUCUGCAGAAUGCUUGAGUGUGGGUUUUAGUAAAAUGCGCUUGUGGCAUGGCAGCACAGUGGAUCAAUAGCGCAUGCGACUUUCAUGUCAGCGUCCGAGAUUGGGUUCCUACAGAAUUCGGUUGUCUGAUUAUAAUUUCGUUUCGAUCACAUGAGUGAAAAGAGUGCUUCAGUAUUCCGGUUUACUCCAGUAAAAUAUGAAAGACUGGUCCAUUAAUUGUAUGCAAGAAUGGUUUAACAGUAUAUACAAAUCUAGUAAUUUGUAUUUCUCAAUACAAAUUCUGCAUGGACCAUUUUGGAUGUGAAACCAAAAGGUUUUCAAACCCGCACAGUAUUUAGCAUUAUCAAUUUGAUCAAUCAGUCAACGAUUGUUUCAACAAACCUAGCAAGCCAUCAUGACUACAAUCUUAUCUCUGUGGACAUACAUCAACCUGUAGACAUCUAGCGGCUGAGCGGGAAAUCUCAAUAUUACCAUAUUGUACAUCAUAUAGACCUUUUUAUAAACAUGACUUAAUGUUUGUAGUUUCUUGUCAAGAUAAAUAGCUAACCGUAUACAUAUUGAUCCCAUAGCCCUAACCGGCUUUGAGUUUAUACUGGAUAGCUCUAUCGGUUCUAAACUGUUCUUUGUAGAGGCCCAGUAAGUAUCAAGUGGAAACUAUAAAAUUAAACUAAUUUUAUGGCUUGAUAGCCAUAUCAGAUCUAAACUGUUCUCCCUUGAGGUCCAGCAAGGGUCAUCCCUUCGCUUAGCGGUGUAUUCGUUCAGUGUAACUACCGUUGCGCGCAACCUUGCUUCUGAUAUUUUAGAUACAGCACAUGAUCGAUUUUGCGCAAUUCUUGAGAGUUGAGGUUGUUUGAAUUAGUCCAAGAAUUUGUCUUCCUUUAUAUGUUAAUGUGCUUAGAACUUGCAUGUAAAAUGUUGUUUCAUCAAGGAAAUUGAUCAAAUUUUUCGCAAACAUCUUCAUUACCGGUUCAUAUAUUAUUGCCAAUGUUUCAAAUAUUGAGCGCUAAGGACGGAAUAUAUGCUAAUUAGAUUUUGCGCAAGAGCUAUAGUAUUAAGCAAAAGUUGAGUGCGUAGCCGUAGAUUAAGUCUCGGAUUAAGUAGCAUAUCUGUUUAGUACGAUUUUUUGCACGUGGAAGGAUGUGAAUGUUUUGAAAGUUUCUUGAUAUGCCAGCGUUGUAAACUGACAAAUUUACCGACGAGCUUUAUCAUGUUACAGAACUGUUGUAGGAAAUAUUAAAACUUGUGAUUCCUAACUCAUUUCUUAUAAAGUAUUUUACUAAUUACUAACAACAUUCCAUAAUUUUAAUGUGAAAAUCAAGGUGAAAAUAAGUCCCGCCUUUGGCUAUUACAGUUAAAACCUUUAAAGGAUGAAAUGCAACCUAAUUUCCGUAACAAUUUUUCUCACUUUAUUAAGUUUAAAGUGUGCUUUCAAACCCAGUAUCAAACAUCGAUUCGUUUAUUCAGUUUGGUAGUUUACAUUUUCAAAAACGGAGUUACAGAAGUUCGUGGAAUUAUUCCAAAUUUAGGUGACUUCGAUAUGUAUUGUAUACCUACUAAACUCUAUUAUUCUAAGUUAUUGAAUCGAGUGUAUAUCACACUCUCUUGAAUUAUAAGUGGUUUUAACAGUACAGAUUGCGUACAAAAUGAAUAAAAUUAGAUUAAAUUCCACACAGUAGGACAUUUUUUUAUCCCCCAAUCAAAAUGAACAGGUUUUCUUUUUGAGCCGUAUAGCCCGCCCAGUUGAUUAAAGCCGCAUUACAAUUGUUAUCAAUACAUUUAAGAAAAAGGGGAGAAGCCGCAAAGGAAAAGAAUUCUGAUGAAAAUUUUAAAUGUGAUUUACAGUUCCAGAUUAGUACAUUUUAAUGAUGCAACGUGUGAAGUGUAAGCCUAUUUAUGAGCGGUCGCAUUACGAAAAAUUAAAUUAUCGAAAUAAAGUUAAAUUUAACAGUUUAAGGUAAACCUUCCUUCCUUAGACCGCAAUUUAAUAAACAGUUUUAAAAUGUUUUCUAUAGGAAGUCCUUUUUCACACUUUGACUACGCCCGCAAUAUUGUUUUUUUCUAAUGUAUAUUUUAUACACACUCUGACCAUCUGUUACAAAAAUCUUUAAAAACAGUGUCAAUGCUGUGAAAUUCCUACGAUUGACAAAUUCUAGCAAGUUAUUUAUGUAUCAGGCUUUGAAGAGACUGUUGGGGGAGUGUGCAUGAAUUUAUAGGUGUAUAAAGAUGAGUGUAAACUCACUCUAAAUAAAAUUCCCAGAUUUAAAAAUUCUAAAAAAAAACGAACCCUAGAUUUAGUGUUAUAAUGACUCGAUUUUCACGCUAGUGUCGUAAUCAGGAACAACGACAGCACAACACCUCGGAACUUCGCAAGGGGUCGUGAAAAACAAACUGACAGGAACAUAUGUCCCACACUUGCUGUGAAGGGCGGGAAACUCGGAAAGUUACAAUCUAAACACCAGGGUGGAUUUUCACACGAAUAGAGCAGGAACUUUCAACAAAUUCACAUCUUCGAUCAGACCCAAGUGAGAUCAAAAAAUUGCGAUGUAUUGGUAGAAAAAGACUUGAUCGUGCCAUCACCUUCUAAACUUCAUACAGGCGACCCCAAGCCUAAUCCUAACUAUUCAAUAACCCUGACACUAAACCUAAUUCUAAUUAUGGCAAACCACUAGUGGCGGACACUAGAGGACCGGGGUGCACCCCACACACAAUUUCAGAAAACCUUUGAAUGAUAGCUAAAUAACUGUGUAACAAAGCUGUAACGAUAAUUUUCUAAUCAUAAAAGCAUUAUUAGACUAUAAAUUAAGCUAUGUCUUGCAUGAAAUUUAUAACAAACAACUUUAAAGAACCACUAAGAUUUCAAGCUAUGAAAGGUGGUCAUAUGCCUGAACCUACCCCCCCCCCCCCAAUAUUUCUCGAAGUGUCCGCCACUGCAAUUCAUCAUAAUUAUAUUUCUUUCAGGACUCGAAUAAAGACUCGUAUGGUACUCCAGUUAAUCCACACAAGAGUUGGUUGCAGUUUCAAAACUUAGCAAGCACGUACGACUCGUCACAAAAAGAAGAUAAUUUGUAUAAGACCAAAGAUGGAAAAGUUGUGGUGAGUUGCUCGAUCAUUCAAUGGCUGACUUCUGCCUUCAUUUUUAACACAAAAGAUACACUCAAUAUAUAUACAGAUCAGUGUAGUAGCUUUGCUUAAAUCUUCACUCCAGUUUAUUAACAGUCAGUUUUCAUUGUUUUAGUGCAAAUGUCCAAGAGGACCUCCAGGACCAUCGGGACCGCGAGGAGCGCCCGGAGCUGAAAUGACUGAAGCUCAGUUGAUGGCGAAAUUCAGAGGUUUGAUAAGAGGUAUGUUAUUCAACACUAGAUGCUAUUUACAGGUCAGGCAGAUGCGGUUUGAUGGGUUUUCCUUACAGCUGUAACCCGUACCGGCAUUUAUUAUAGUUUGAAAAAAGUUGGUUUCCCUGCUUGGAGGUUUUUUUUUGGUAUGUAAUAUUCUAUUCUCGUUUGUUUUUUUAACAAUAGCAACAGCUCAGAAGCGAUCUAGCCGAAUAAGAGAGAUUUCUGAUCAGGUAAAGAGUACACUUUGAGUAAAUUCAAUUAAGCAUUAGUUGUAAGUUAUGAUCAUCCUAUAAAAGUUAAAUCAUUUAAUUUGUCCCCCCAGGCUAUGGCUCUGAUGGCGACUGGUGCCGCAGACCUGGUUUCUGCUUUUCAUAUUGAGUUAAAAAACAACGUUCAAGUCCCCAAGAAAAGUAUGCUAGAACUACGAAACUAUAAAACGAACGUAAGUUGGAACAUACUGCCAGUUGCGCAGUGUGACCAGAUUUGGUAAAAAGUUUUACUUUUGCUUGUGAUGUUACUCUGAGUAUAUAUCCACACCGGGCAGGCUUGAAAAGUAUGCUAGGCCACCCGUGGGAAUCGAACCUACGACCUUUGGAAUACUACAGAAAAUAUCAGUUUUACUUUUGGUAAAAUUUCGUAAAUUGUCAAGAAAAUUUGGUAAUAAGUUUGUUUUUUUGGUAAAGUUUUAGUAAAGUCUGAAAGGUUUUAAUGAUUAAUAAUCAUCAGUUUGUGUUUCUUGUUUAAUAACGUGCUCAAAGUGAUGAGCAGAACUGCCAAGCCUAAGAAAUAAAGCCUUAUCAUUAGCAAAAAAUGCAAUGCGAUGAAAUUUCGAGAUACCUUUUUGGGAAUAUUUUUUCUACUUGACGCAACGAUUGUUUUUUGGCAUUAUUAUGACGUAAUUAUUUGGGAAGCCGACAUUUGGCAAAAUUUUUCUUAAUUUAGUAAAAUUUGAACAAAAUUUUGGUAAUGACUGCUGAAAAAAUCUGGUCACACUGCAUUUGCGUUCAAGCUUGAAGCGCGUGAAAAUUUUCAUGUUUGUUUACGUUAUAAACACAACAUUCCAAAGGGUUAUCACGCCUGAAUAUUUUUUUUUCAAUUCCUUUCAGGUCGGUCAGUUUGGUACUUUUGUCCGGGGGAAUGAUAUUGACUUCCGUACGGGACAAUUUACUGUUCCUUAUACGGCAAUAUACAGAUUUUCUGCGUCUGUUAAUGUUGCCCGAUUUCGGGAUGCCAGCCUGCGACCACGUGAUCUUGUCAAAGUUCUCAUCUGCAUCGAUUUUCAGUGUGACAGAAAUACGUGAGUUACUACUACUGAUGUUAAACACUAAUCCCAAAUGUUCUUGAAAAUAUGAAAGUUUUCUUGAACGUAGACAAUGUUUUUCUAUAAUCUUAACGGUCUUAUGCCAUCCACUGUAAUCCAGUGGCGUAACUACUAUGGGCUCAGACCGGGAGAACCCGGGGGCCCCCAACCUAAAUGGGGGCCCCCAGGCUUAGGCGAUAGAGCAAAAACAUUGGUCAGGGCCUCUGAUAUGUUACAGUGUCGUUUUACGACCAUCAGAAUUCUGUAAAAUCUCUCCCCCAAAGUCCAGGAAAUGGCAUUUCAGAGAGUCUAGAUUCAAAAAUUUUCCGGAUGAGCAUGCCCUGGACCCCCUAGAAUACUCGUACAUAUAUGGCGCUCGACUCGUGCCUUUGGCACUUCUUACUAGGGGGGGCCUUCGAAAAUUUUGAACCGGGGGCCCCCUGAUAUAACGUUACGCCACUGCUGUAAUCAACUAAUUUUCCGUCUGUCUUUUGAGGAAAAUUAUAGAGAAAUAUUUAGGUUAUAUAUUCUAUAUUCACAGCUCCUUAAUGACUGUUAGUGGACUUUCAUCAAAUAGCAGAGUGUUUACAGUUCGUGUAGAAGGCUUACUCUCUCUAAAGGUAUGCGUGUUACACUUAAAGGCAGCUACACACGUAAAAACGCACAAGUUGUAACAAAUAUGCAGCAGUGAUUUGUAGCAAUGCUGUUCCAAAAACUUGUUGAUAAGUUGCUACAAGCUUGUUGAGCUCAACAGACUUGUUCACAAGUUGUUCCAACAACUUGUUAUCGUCCUGCAAUUCAACAAUUUGUCAACAAGUCGUAAGUGACAACCUUGUAGCGACUUGAUAAAAUAACAGCAUUGUUACAACUUGUUCACAAGCUAAUUGCUACAAGCCUGUUGCGAACACAUCUAGUUGACAAGUUGUGAGAUUUUUACGUGUGUACUUCAAAUUGGAAAUUGGGGACCUGAUCAGAUAUCAGUUCCUAUAAUCAGGGAUUCAUUUUUCUCAUUCUUUCUCUCCAAAGCAUUAAAUUUGAAAUAUUUUUCUUGCGUAGACUGGUCAACAUGUUUCGGUGUAUGUUGAUAAUAAUUCGGGGAAUCCCAUCGUGGUACAAGCGAGAUCGACUUUUACUGGAAUGCUCAUCGGAAUCUAG